UGUCUUGUACUGUGGGAGUACGAACCUGGCGUGAAGCGCUCAACUUUUUCCUCCACCUGAAUGGACUUUCCACUCCAAGUCGACUUUUCAUACACUCUGUCUCCGACUAGUUUUUAUCUGGCUUUGUUAAUAGUUUAUUUCGCGUAUUUUACUGUCCAGACACCUUUUAUCUAGAAUAAUCUUUUAACGUUAUGUGAAAGGUAGUAUAGUAAAAAAGUUUUUGUGUGAACUUUUGACAGCAUGGUACACUGCCAGUAGUCUGCGAGGUGUAGAGAAAAGUUUUACAUCGCAGAGACAGUUCAUUGCAAAUUAUCAAUCAAACUCAACUUAAUUACAAAAGGUAUUACAUACAAGAAGGCUGGAACUACAGACGCGGUCCAUGAUCGCAUUCAUCUGAUCUGAGUGCCCUGUCGGGAUUGAGGAUGACUGCCCAUCAGCAGGUGCUCGCGCUAAACCUCGCGUUGCUGUGCUGUCUUCAGCUCACGACCGCUCAAACCCAGGAAGUGUCGGUGUGCUCGGGUACCCAGAAUGCCCUGAGUGUGAGCAUGAGUCCGGAGGUGCAGUACAACAUCAUGAGGGACAUGUACAGUGGCUGCCAGAUCCUCAUGGGCAACCUGGAGAUCACCCUCAUGGACCAGCACCAUAACUUCAGCUUCCUGCAGUCAAUCCGGGAGGUGACGGGCUACAUCCUCAUCGUUAUAAACCAGUUCCACAGUCUGCCGCUGGACCAGCUGCGCGUGAUCCGGGGCAACACUCUGUACGAGGACCGCUUCGCCCUCUACGUCCUCCUCAACUACCAGAAGGAUGGAAGCCUCGGGCUGCGAGAACUGGGCCUCACACACCUGACUGAGAUCCUGAAGGGGGGCGUGUUCAUCUCCAGGAACAAGUACCUGAGCUACGCCCCCCAGGCCAACUGGGCAGACAUUGUGAGGGACAGCAGUGCCCCCAUCCAGAUUGAAGACAAUGGCCAGAAGCUGGAAUGUCAUGCGGCGUGUCGAGGGCACUGCUGGGGACCCAAAGAAGAACAGUGCCAGAUCUUGACGAAGACGGUGUGUGCCCCGCAGUGUGACGGCCGCUGUUUGGGGACGGGCCCCAGCGAGUGCUGUCACAUGGAGUGCGCCGGCGGCUGCUCUGGCCCCCAGGAGACCGACUGCUUCGCCUGUAGUCACUUCAAUGAUUCAGGAGCCUGUGUGCGACAGUGUCCUCAGCCCUUUAUCUAUAACAGACGUACCUUUCAAAUGGAGCCCAACCCUGGCGCUAAGUACCAGUACGGCUCCAUAUGCGUGUCCCAGUGUCCCACACACUUUGUUGUGGACGAUAGCUCGUGUGUGAGCGGUUGCCCUGCCGACAAGAUGGAGGUGAAGAAGGAUGGGCUGAAACAGUGUGAGCUCUGUGGAGGACUCUGCCCCAAAGCUUGCCAGGGUACUGGUUCUCCUGACAGACAGACGGUGGAUUCCAGAAACAUUGACAGUUUCAUAAACUGUACCAAGAUCCAGGGAAGCCUACACUUUGGGAUCAUUGGGAUCUCAGGGGACGUCUAUAACAACAUCUCAGCCUUGGACCCAGAGAAACUCAACGUUUUCCGCACAGUCCGAGAGAUCACAGAAGUCCUGAGUAUCCAGUCUUGGCCAAAAGAAGUGAAGGAUCUGUCCGUGUUCUCAAACCUCACCACCAUACAGGGUCGAUCAUUACAAAAGGGUUACUCCCUGCUGGUGAUGAAGCUGCCCUCGCUCAGGUCUCUGGGUCUCCGUUCCCUGCGCGAGAUCAGCGACGGCGGCGUCUACGUCAGCGGGAACAAGAACCUCUGCUUCCACCACACCGUCAACUGGACUCGGCUGUCCACCGGGGCCAAACCACACAAGCGGCUGUACACCAUCAAGAACAACCGAGCCCUGAGGGACUGCAUUGUAGAUGGGCAUGUGUGUGACCCGUUGUGUUCAGAUGCUGGGUGUUGGGGCCCGGGUCCGGAGCAGUGUCUCUCCUGCAAGAACUACAGCCAAGGAGGAAUCUGUCUGUCCGACUGCAACUUCCUCACAGGGGAGCCACGGGAGUUUGCAGGGUUGAAGAGGGAGUGUUUGCCCUGUCACCCUGACUGUGAGGUACAGGAGGGCGCAGUCAGCUGCAGGGGACCAGGCUCCGACGAGUGCGUGUCCUGUGCCAGCCUGCGGGAUGGCCCCCACUGCGUGUCCUCCUGCCCCAGUGGGGUGAUGGGAGAGAACGGCCCCAUCUUCAAAUACCCCAACGCCCAGGGCAGCUGUGAGCUCUGUCACCCCAACUGCACUCAGGGGUGCUCCGGUCCCAGUCUGAGUGACUGCUCCACUGACAGAGAUAUUUCCAGCCCCCACACUGCGGCGAUUGUGUGCGGUGUAUUGCUGUGCCUGAUAGUGGGCCUGGCCGUCUUCGUGCUCAGCGUGCUGUAUCGGCGUGGUCUGGCCAUUCGCCGCAAGCGAGCCGUGAGGCGCUACCUGGAGAGCGGAGAGACUUUAGAACCCUUGGAUGCGGGAGAGAAGGGACAGAGGGCCCACACCCGGGUCCUGGGAGCUGCAGAACUGCGCAAGCUCAAGCUUUUGGGCUCAGGGGUGUUCGGAACAGUGCACAAGGGGGUGUGGCUUCCCGAGGGGGACUCUGUGAAAAUCCCAGUGGCCAUAAAGACCAUACAGGACCGCUCCGGCAGGCAGACCUUCACUGAGGUCACAGAUCACAUGAUGGCCAUGGGAAGUCUGGACAGCCCGUAUGUGGUUCGGCUGUUAGGCGUCUGUCCAGGUGCCUGUCUGCAGCUGGUCACCCCGCUCAGCGCCCAGGGGUCCUUACUGGAGCACAUCAGGCAGCACCAGGACAGCCUGGACCCCCAACGCCUUCUGAACUGGUGUGUGCAGAUCGCCAAGGGCAUGUUUUACCUGGAGGAGCACCACAUGGUCCACAGGAACCUAUCAGCGCGCAACAUCAUGCUGAAGAGCGACUACAUUGUGCAGGUCUCUGACUACGGCAUCGCCGACCUGCUCUAUCCCGAUGACAAGAAGUACUUCUACAGCGACACCAAGGCCCCAAUAAAAUGGAUGGCUUUAGAGAGCAUUCUGUUUCGCAGAUACACACAUCAGAGUGACGUCUGGAGCUAUGGAGUCACAGUGUGGGAGAUGAUGUCAUUCGGGGCGGAGCCUUACGCUACAACCCGCCCCCAGGAAGUGCCAGAUCUGUUGGAGAAGGGGGAGCGCCUGUCCCAACCCCACAUCUGCACCAUCGAUGUGUACAUGGUCAUGGUGAAGUGUUGGAUGAUUGAUGAGAAUGUCAGGCCUACCUUCAAGGAACUGGCCAAUGAAUUCACACGGAUGGCUAGAGACCCACCUCGUUUUCUCGUAAUGAAGAGUGUGAACCCUCCAUCCGGUGCUGCGGAAUAUCUGCCGAUGACCCCUGGCGUAGAAGACAACUCCGUACAGGUUGGUCCCCGCGUCAGCUCGGCACGGGCCGUGUCGGAGAGCUCAGAGGGACGGGGCAUCGCCACGGAGCCCAGAGAGAGCGUCUCAUUGGCUGGCAGCUUGCGCAGGCUCCGGUCUCGUAAGGAGAGCGUGAAGGCCCCACCCCGGGACACGCCCCCCCGGAGGACAGCAGCCCCGGAUACAGAGGAGGACCCCAACGGAUAUGUGUUGCCAGGGAGGUCCGAUACCCCUGAGAGAGAGAGUCUCCUGUCACGCUCUGCCUCGCAAGACGCUGCACCUGGUGAGAGGAGCUCCCUGGGUCGGCUGUCUUCACCCAGACCCUUCAAAGACUCUACCUCCGAAGCAUAUGAAUGCAUGGACAACCAGAUUCCCUUGCAUAAUCUCUCGCCCCAGGAGAGAAGCAGGAAGCAGGCCUCCCUAUCCUGUAGUACCAGCCUCUCGCCAGGAGACAUCAAGCAGGACCCAGGAAAAGAGCAGAGCAGAGCCCCCACUGCAGCUGAACCGGUCAAAAUUGGCACCCUUGGAGAGAAAACAGCAAUGUACAAUGACACUCCACUGCCAGCAGAGGGAGACAGAGGCAAGGAAGACAAGACUGCAGAUUUUCCCAGGACAGAUUCUAAAGACCACGCAAAAGAGCUGCACUGUGAACGAGAUUCUGUACAGUAUGAAUACAUGGACAUCCAAAGCAAUGAGCUGGACUGCAGUGAACACAAACACGCCCCCCAAAAGAGGGGCGGCCAAUCUGCAGGGGCAGAGGGAGAGGAUGACAAUGUGGAACAAGAAGGAGCUGACAGGUGUGAGGAAAAGGAGGAGGACGAGGAAGAGUAUCAGUACUCAAACAACCAGCCCAGACUCCAUUCCGGACUGCAAGGAAGAGUUGAGGUCAAAGGUCGCCGAGGAGGGGAAGGGGAAGCGGAUGCGUGCGAGUACGAGGAGAUGAAGGCAUUCGGCCUGGCCAGCGGGGGCCGGGCGGAGUACCAGAACGUCUGUGAGGGGGGUGUGUCAGAGGGGGACACGCGGGCGGGGCUGAGGGCAUUCCUGAAGGUGCGCGCAGGUGUGGGGGAGCCGGGGGGAGAGCGCGCCUAUGACAACCCUGACUACUGGCACAGUAGGCCGCUGCUGAAGCUCGACGCCGCAUGCACGUAGCGGCCGAGACAGACACACAAACAGGAAGUGGGGAGGGAGAACCGCGCCUAAAGAUACAUGGCUGUGACCUUUGACCUUUUGUUGUGGUUGGGAAAGGUCAAACCCGUCCUUUAAUUUAUCAGGCACCAAGUCUAUGAACUCAUGUCUGUCUGGAAGCCAGUUGGUGCUGUGUGUGGGUUUUUUUUAUUUUAUUUUUUUUUUUUUUACUGUUUUCUGACUGAAAAUUAAAAGGGAAAAAAUCCAUCCAACUGCACUGAAAAGAACUGUAGCAGUGUGCUCUUCCGUGACUGACAAGUUUGUUCUGUUCUGAUCCAUGCCUCUGGGGACAUAGGGUCCUAUGCUUACGCCGAAGACCCCUGUGUAUAUUUGCAUGUGAAAUGUAUUACUGAAUUAAGUGGAAAACAGUGGCCAAUAACAGAAAAAUGAUUGUGGAAAAUGGUUGUGUACACGUCAGAACAAACUGUGUUAUUUUGUGUUUUCGCGAUUAUUAUUUUUGUCAUCAAUCAAUAAUUUCUGUAUGGAGUAAAUAUAUUUUUUAAAAGUC